CCCAACAAACAAGAGUCGUUAGAUCACCAAUGAAGCAAACAGAUUUGAACCGUUAGAUUAAGGUCACAAAGAAAACCCUAGAGGUUCCCUUAUCCUCAGGCCAAAUCGUGAACUAUAUAAUGGCUGAUACCAAAACCCUAAUUUCUUUACGUCAAACUCUCUCUGCACAGAGUUAAAUUGAGUUUGUAUCGUGGUUUUAUCCUUUGAGCGAAAAUGGUGAAAGCAACCAAGGCAGAGAAGAAGAUCGCCUACGACACCAAGCUAUGUCAGCUUAUCGAUGAGUACACCCAGAUCUUGGUCGUUGCGGCCGAUAACGUCGGAUCGACUCAGCUCCAGAACAUCAGAAAGGGUCUUCGUGGAGACUCCGUGGUGCUUAUGGGGAAGAACACUAUGAUGAAGCGUUCCGUUAGGAUUCACUCUGAGAACACCGGAAACACUGCAAUCCUCAAUCUGCUUCCUCUCCUUCAGGGAAACGUUGGUUUGAUCUUUACCAAAGGUGACCUCAAGGAAGUGAGCGAGGAAGUUGCUAAGUACAAGGUUGGUGCCCCUGCUCGUGUGGGUUUGGUUGCUCCAAUUGACGUGGUUGUCCAACCUGGCAACACUGGUCUCGACCCAUCCCAAACAUCUUUCUUCCAGGUUCUUAACAUCCCAACCAAGAUUAACAAGGGUACUGUCGAAAUCAUCACCCCAGUUGAGCUUAUCAAGCAAGGUGACAAGGUCGGGUCUUCUGAGGCUGCUCUUCUGGCCAAGCUUGGCAUCAGGCCUUUCUCAUAUGGUCUUGUUGUCCAGUCUGUUUAUGACAAUGGCUCAGUCUUCAGCCCAGAGGUUCUUGAUCUUACAGAAGACCAACUUGUGGAGAAGUUUGCUUCUGGUAUCUCUAUGGUUACUUCCUUGGCUCUUGCUAUUUCUUAUCCUACCCUUGCUGCUGCACCGCAUAUGUUCAUCAAUGCGUACAAGAAUGCCUUGGCUAUUGCUGUUGCCACCGAGUACACCUUCCCUCAAGCAGAGAAGGUCAAGGAAUUCUUGAAGGAUCCAAGCAAGUUUGCUGUUGCUGCAGUAGCGGUGUCUGCUGAUGCAGGUGGUGGUGGUGGUGCUCAAGCUGCUGCUAAGGUAGAGGAGAAGAAAGAAGAGUCAGACGAAGAAGACUAUGAGGGUGGUUUUGGUUUGUUCGAUGAAGAGUAGAUUUUGUCUAUUAAGGUCUUACCUUUUUGUCGUGGAUUAUAAGUGUUGCUUCUUUUUUAGUAUGUUGGAUCUCAAUUUUCUUGGAUUUGGCCAAUUCAGAUUUAUGUUACUGUCUUUAAUAUUUUCUGAAGUUUCGUUUUUUU